AUGAAUGGGCAGUACGUAGCAACACAAAUCGUGUUAUUGUACGGGACGUAUGGCUAUUGCAUAACAUGCUACGAGUGCUCAUCUGGUGCUGGAGAAGAUUGCUUAAGGACAAGUGUUUCUUGUACGUAUGGACUUUUCGGCUGCAUGAAAGCAACAGUUUAUUCAGGCGGCAUCGAUAAAUUUGGUAACUACGAAAAUCAAAAAGAUCGAGUGCUCGGGAUGUAUCGUGGAUGCACAGUACUGCCGCUCGGAAGCGCGGACUUAUGCCAGCAGUCCUCCUUGUUUGGCUAUCGCUUGGUCACGUGCUAUUGUUUCAACGACUUCUGUAAUGGUGCCAAGAAUGUUCAAAUAACUUCAUCAAUUACUCUAUUAUUUUUACUGCUCAUGUUUUUACUGCAGUAA